AUGCCGCGCCAGUUCUGCCCCGACUCUUUGGCGGCCAUUGCACCGAGACUGAACCUGCUCAAUGCCGCAGGGAAUCACCUGCAGGAGGUGGAGCAGCUUUCCAUCUUGCGGUCUCUUACCAGCUUAGACCUUUCAGAGAACAAGAUCGCCCAGGUCGGCCAUCUCCGCCCAGUCCUCACAGGAGAUGCGCUUCGACGAUUGAAUCUCAGUGGGAACCCCUUUGCCUCUGCUGAGCGCCGCUAUCGUACGGCCGUCGUUCUUUGCAGCAACACUGUCGAGGAGAUUGAUGGCAAGGAAAUCCUGCCGCAGGAAAGGGACUUCGUCCGACGGCUGGAUGCACAGAAGCGGAAGCUGAGCGCCCAACGACAGCGCCACCUGAAUCGGGUGACGUCCGACGGCCGCCCAAGACCACCCAACAUGUCGGACAAGGCUAGGGCAGGGUUUAGGGUUUAG